AUGAAGAAAGGGAAUCACACACUGGUGAGUGAGUUCAUUUUUCAGGGUUUCUCCAACUUCCACGAACACCAGCUCACACUCUUUGUUGUGUUUCUUACACUGUACAUACUAACCCUGGCGGGCAACGUCACCAUUGUGACCAUCAUUAGCCUCGACCGUCACCUCCAUACUCCCAUGUACUUCUUCCUCAGCAUGCUAUCAGCCUCUGAGACUGUGUACACACUUGUCAUUAUACCUAGGAUGCUUGUCAACCUCGUAAGCCUGACUCAGCCCAUCUCCUUGGCAGGUUGUGCCACUCAGAUGUUCUUCUUUAUCACUUUGGCCAUCAACAAUUGCUUCCUGCUGACAGCAAUGGGGUAUGAUCGCUACGUGGCUAUUUGUAACCCUUUAAGGUACUCAGUCAUCAUGAACAAGAGGGUGUGUCUCCAGCUGGUGUGCGGGGCCUGCAGCAUUGGUCUAGUUGUGGCAAUGACACAGGUGUCAGCUGUGUUCAGGCUCCCUUUCUGUGCCACCAAGGUGGGCCACUUCUUCUGUGACAUCCGACCUGUGAUGAAGCUUUCCUGCAUUGACACCACUGUGAAUGAGUUCCUGACUUUGAUCAUCAGUGUGUUAGUGAUCUUGAUUCCCAUGGGCUUGGUUUUUAUCUCCUAUGUACUCAUCAUCUCCACCAUCCUCAAGAUUGCCUCUGCAGAGGGCAGGAAGAAGGCCUUUGCCACUUGUGCUUCUCAUAUCACUGUAGUCAUUAUCCACUAUGGCUGUGCCUCCAUUGCCUACCUCAAACCUAAGACAGAAAACAGCAGAGAUGAGGACCAACUGAUCUCUGUGACCUACACUAUAAUUACCCCCCUCCUUAACCCCGUAGUGUAUACCCUGAGGAACAAAGAGGUCAAAGAUGCUCUGUGCAGGGCUGUAGGUCGAAAACUUUCCUGA